GAACCUAUCUCGUGAAAGGGGCUACGAGAUCAUUUAUUAUCGAUUGUUGCUUAUCGAAUAUCACGAUUGUGAUUUGACUUCGACUUUUAAAAAGCGGCAAACUUGAAAUAUAAGUGCGGACUAUUUUCGACAAAUUGGGAAUCUUAUCAGUUUUAUCAAUGUACUUAACACCGAUGAAAAUUUCGGCAGUUUAUGACACAUAAGCGAUGAAACACUGAUCAAGAAUUCAUCGGCAUGUCUAACUUGGAAACUAAAAAAAAUUCAAAUUCCUCGUUGUUUAUAAAUUUGGAAAAAUAUAUGGACAACAUUUCCCAAAUCGAAGAUGAAUAUGCAAUACCUACUGAACAAACGGCCCCACAAGAAACCUUACCAUGGGAUGCUUUUAAAUAUUUCCCAUCUGAAAAGAAAAGUGCAUCAAUGGAAAAUAAACAAUGGGUUGAAUUGUCCAUGCAUAUUAUUAAAGUACUUGUAUAUGGCAUCAUUUUCUCUAUUGUUCUUUGCAGUAGUUUAAUUUCCAAAUGCACAGUCCUUUUUGCAGUUUCACAGCUUGAAGAGGAAAAAUCAAUUGUGUUUUGUGAUUAUGACUUAGUUUCUGAUGAAAAUGUAAAGGCAAAAGUAUCUAAAAUAGGCAAAGUAAUUUGGACAUGGUACAUCAUCUUUAUGUUUAUUGGACCAGAAUGUUUCAUUGUUUUACAAUCUAUAUGGUAUUAUAUUUUCAAAAAGAAAGUGAAGAUGCCUGAAAAGAAAAGCAUUGCAGUUUUUUUAGUCAUAGAGACACUUCAUUCAAUUGGUUUGGCACUUUUAGUUCUCUACAGUCUUCCAAAGAUUAACUCUGUAGAUGCUGCAGCAAUUUCCAGUUGUAUUUGUUUCAUUCCUGUUCUACUAGAUAUACUUUCUCAAAAUCAGAGGUAUACAAGUUCACCUAGAAUGUUUGCAUUAAUUUUGAUGUGCAAUAUUGCGGCAUUAGUUGCUCAAGGUUCUGGAGUGUUUUUACAAUCCUUUGUACAUUAUGAUAUAUAUGAUCCUAUAACGUGGAUUUUACCUAUAUCUCUUCUGUUAUCUUCCUGUCGCUGGUGGCCAAAUUAUGUUUCUGAUCAUAGUUACUGUGGUUUCAUAAGGUUUGUAGCAGCAGUAAGAACGGAUCUUUUAAACAGUAGUCAUUUAUUACAAGGAUUUACAGCAUUUUGGAGAUCUUUAAUCUUUAUUCUGAGCGCCAUUGUGAUCUCAAAUUUCAAGGGAAUUGAAGUUGGAGAAUUUUUUGAAUGUAUAAUUCAAAGUGGAUAUAAUGUAGAGUUGAUUCAAACUUCAAAUACCUCUCUCAAACUUGUUCAACAGGAAGAUCAUACAAUUCUCACUGUAAAUACUUCUGCACCUGCAUUUGCAUUUCUAAUCCAAAUUUUCUGUACUUUCCUCAUAUAUCAAUCAGCAAUAUUUGCAUUUAAAACACAAAUGCACAAAUUUGGCUUUGCGUUUCCAAUAAAUUUAGUCACCCCAGGAUCAAUUUUAAUAAUAAUAAUACUUUGUGUUAUGAGACAGCAAGAUCCAUGUGUCUUCCAUGAUUUCAUACCGGAUUACCUGUUUUUCAAUGAACCUAGUUAUAAAAGUAUUAAAGAUUUUAUUCUAAGUUGGCGUAUUUGGUGCUGGAUAAUAUGGUGGUUAUCACAAAUAUGGAUUACAAUACAUCUAUGGCUAGGUGAAAAAGGAAGGCUUGCUCCUGUAGAAAGAAUCUUCUAUAAUUUAACUUAUGAUUCGCUUAUGAUUGAUCAGUUCAUAGGAUUAAAUAAGAGAAAACAUAAAAUGUACAAUGUUACUGAAGAAAAAGAGCUUUCAGACACUGCUACAGAAUUUGAGUCUGAUAGCUUAAGGGAAAUUCAAGGUUCGGAUAUGUUCCAUUCAGUGUAUUCAAACGAAAGUACAAUGAAUAAAAAAAACGCUUAUACCACUCAAAUUUAUGCAUGCGCGACUAUGUGGCAUGAGACCAAGGAAGAAAUGAAGGAACUGAUUGGAAGUAUAUUAGGGCUAGACAAAGAUCAAUGCGCUAUGAGAGUUACCCAAAGUUAUUAUAAAAUUUCCAUUAAAGAUUAUUAUGAACUUGAAACGCAUAUAUUAUUUGAUGAUGCAUUUUGCUGUAUGCAUGGUUGUUCUGGAACUUGUGUCCACAAUGAAAAUGAAACACAGAUUAAUCAUUAUGUGACAACAUUCGUGGAAACUAUGCAAGAAAAGAUUAAAGGCUUUGGUAUACGUUCGUCACUGCCAACAAAAUAUCCAACACCAUAUGGUGGUCAACUAGUCUGGACUUUACCUGGAAAGACACGUCUGACUGUGCAUCUUAAAGACAAAAAUAAAAUUAGACACAGAAAACGAUGGAGUCAGAUCAUGUACAUGUAUUACCUUCUUGGCUAUCGUUUAAUGGGUUCAUCAAUGGAUGUUGAACAUAAAGAAUUAAUAGCAGAAAAUACUUACAUUUUAACAUUGGAUGGUGAUAUUGAUUUUCAUCCAAGAGCUGUUAAAGCAUUAAUAGACUUAAUGAAGAAAGACAAGGAAACAGGUGCAGUCUGUGGACGAAUACAUCCAGUGGGAAGAGGCCCGAUAAUUUGGUUCCAGAAAUUCGAAUAUGCCCUAGGACAUUGGCUUCAAAAAUCAACAGAACACGUAAUAGGCUCUGUUCUUUGCAGUCCUGGUUGUUUUUCUCUUUACAGAGCAAAGGCUUUAAUGCAACAUAACAUCAUGGCAAAAUAUGCAACUAAAUCGACUGAACCCAGACAUUAUAUUCAGUACGAUCAAGGAGAAGAUCGAUGGCUUUGUACAUUACUCUUACAGAUUGGUUAUAGAGUAGAAUAUUGUGCAGCUGGCGAUGCUUACACACAUGCUCCGGAAUCAUUCAAAGAUUUUUACAUUCAACGCCGUCGAUGGAUUCCAUCAACUAUGGCUAAUAUCUUUGAUUUACUGGGUACUUCAAAAGAAACCAGACAAUUGAAUAAUAGUAUUUCAUGGAUGUACAUAAUGUAUCAGUGGAUCUUAAUAGGUAGUACUAUCAUUGGACCAUCUUUCAUUUACUUAAUGAUGUCUGGUGCCUUUGUUACCACCUUUCAUAUAGAUAACUGGCCAAGCUUUUGGUAUAAUUUAAUUCCAAUUGUCAUCUUUUUUGCAAUUUGUUUUUGUUUUGAAGAACGUAUUCAGCUUAUAGUAGCUGAAAUGAUCACAGUCAUAUAUAUUUUGGUAAUGAUAGUUGUACUAGUUGGAAUAAUACUUCAAAUAGCAGAAGAUGGACCUGCAGCACCCAGCACUCUUCUCUUUUUCAUCAUAAUCUUUCAAUUUGUAAUGACAGGCCUUAUGCAUCCUCAAGAAAUUUCAUGUUUAAGUUAUGGAAUCAUUUAUUAUGUUACUGUACCAUCAAUGUACAUGUUGCUCAUUAUUUUCUCUAUCUUCAAUCUGCAUAAUGUUACAUGGGGUACUAGAGAGUCAAAACAACAGAUCAAGAUAUCACAAAAACAGUUAACAAAAAGUAACAAAUCACAACAUAGUGAAAAGUCCAGAUGGAUGACAUGUUCAUUAUCUAAUUUAUUCAAAUGUGAUUUUUGUGGGCGCAAACAGUCACAAGAAGAAGAGAAAUACUUAAGCUCUAUUCAUAAUGCUAUAAAUGAAAUUAACAGUCGUCUAGAAAGAAUAGAAAGUAACUACAGCAGUGACAGUGUACUAAGAGAUAUCGUAGAAGAAAAGAAUAAUGAAGAAAGCAAACCAUAUAAUAAACAAGCAGAAUUAGAAGUUACUGGUGAUAACUUGUAUGAAAGUACAGAUUCAGAAAGUGAAACUUCAACACAAACUCCUACUAUCUUUUAUGAGAAAUAUUCCAAUUAUUUAGUUAGUCCUAAUUGGCUUCAAAAUGAACAUGUGCAAAAUGGGAAGGUAGACUUUCUUUCUACCUCAGAGGAAGAAUUUUGGAAACAACUGAUUGAAAUAUAUUUAUAUCCGAUUGAGAAUGAUGAAGAAAAACAGAAAAGUACUGCAAAGGAAUUGAUAAAUCUACGCAAUGACUGUCUUUUAAAAUUCCUUACAUUAAAUAUUAUAUUUGUAGUAGCAAUUUUUUUAUUGCAAAUUAACAAGGACGUCUUACAUCUUCAAUGGCCUUUUGCUGUUCAAUAUGAUAUUACUUAUGUACUGGACACUGAAGAAGUAGACAAAGAAGUACAUAUAAUGAGGAAAUAUAUGCAUCUGGAACCAAUUGGAUGUCUGUUUAUUUUUGCAUUUGUUGUUAUUCUGUUAAUACAAUUUUUGGCAAUGUUGGUCCAUCGAUUUGAUACAUUUACCCAUGUCAUAGCUAAUGUGAAAUUGCAGAUACCUUUCUGUGGCAAAGCAAAAUACACAGAUGAUUUAAUUACUAAUAAAGAAGCAAACAAUAUAGCUAACGGCCUCCAGAGUGCAAUAGAAAAUGAAACAAUAUACAAUUUGAAAAAUAAUGUAAUGCCUUAUUUAGGAAAACGAAUAACUGUUCAAGAACUGAUAGAAGAGAGUCAGAAUGUUCCAACAAUGCCUACUAAUUUUGAAACACUUUUUCGUAAAAAACUGAAUGAACCUUAUUCAUCUGGUUUUUCUAAGAUAAUAUCUUCAAAUGUAUCCAAAGAUGCAAUGGAAGCAUUUGAGAGCCGUCGCUCUAAAAUUAUAGCAAAACAGAAAAACGAUCGACCUAUAAACAUUGUACAUAAUGAAGACAAACAUGGUGAAAUGGCAAAUUUCAAUAAUGUAAAGACAAAUAAGAAAGCAAACAGUUAUGAAUAUGAUAACCCAACAUUCUUGAAUGACACUAAUGUAUAAUUUUCACUAUUGAUAUAUUUCUUAGUAUAGUUUAUUUAGUUUUUAGUCUGUAUGCAUUAUUUUUAUAUAAUUAAUUAAAUAAAUCUAAUUUAGAAAAUGAAAACUUAUGAAAUUAUAUCAGUCAUUACUUCAAUAAUUGUCAUUUAUCCUCAUCAUUAAUAGAACAUGAAUAAAGUAUAAGUAUUUUCUAAUUAAUAAUGCUAUGAAACGUUUGAUUAGUUACCCUUUA